AUGGAUAAAGUAGGGUCGUUGUUAGCCAGACCUAACAAAGAUCUGGUAGAAAAAGAUGAUGUUCCUUGGUGGUUGAAAUUAGCUGGACGAGGUGUCGGAACUAUAGGGGGUGGAUUGGCUAUUUUCUUUGGUGUGUGGAAUUGUGUAGGCAUUUUGUUGGCCAAAAGUGAUUGCCUCUUAGCAGGUAUUUGGCAAAUGUUGGCCGGUUUUUUCGUAAUUAUAGUGGAAGCACCAUGUUGUUGUAUUUUUAUAGAUUUUGUUCAAACUUUUAGUGACUGGGUUGACAAAAGGCCAUUUUGGAAUAGAGGUCUUUUUUAUAUAUCAAUUGCAAUUCCGCCAAUAUUUUUGUGUUUCUCAUUUAGUAGUUUAAUUGGUAGUGGUUUGAUAUUUGUAACCGGGGUAAUUUAUGGAUUUAUGGCCCUUGGGAAAAAAGGUUCUCAGGAAGAUAUGGCUGCAAUGGCUGCUCCACAUCAAGGCUUUACCUCUCCUACAGGUGGUCAGCCUGAUCAUUCGAUUACUCUUAUGGAAGACCCAGAUGUGGCGUCCGCUGGAGAAAUGAGGAGUAACGCCGUCAACGAUAGUAAUCUGUCUGUAUUUCAGCCUAAUACAAACGUGAACAUGAAAUCUUCUCUAACGCAAAAUGCUCAAGACAUAGCUCGGGAUAUUCCUUAG